GCUGUUGCUUGUACUGCUCAGCCUAACUUUACUAGCUCUAUGUAACUAGGAAGCGCCGUCUGUUAGCCACGCCCUAAUAUUUCAGUGCUGUUUCUGGAUUGGGUGUCGUGGCUGUCACUCCUCGCCUUGCUGGGCGAAUCAGUGACUUGGCUCCCAUUUUGACUGUUGAGACGGAGUAUUCUGUAGAUGUUGUAGUGCCGGUGCUGUGGUGACGGUGCGGGAGCCCAUGAAGUGGUGCAGAGCUCGUGGUGGUGCGUUGGGUUCCAGCAUCCGAUAAUUCAAAUUUAGUCCACAAUGUCUAUAGACUUUGAUAGUGGAGCAUUACAGACCCAACAAGACGACGACGAUGAAUAUGAUAAAGAAGACUAUGCCAGGGAGCAAGAGUUACAGCAACUCCUUACAGACCUUCCUCAUGACUUGCUCGAUGACAGCCUCUGCUCAUCUUCAGAACCAAACCUCAGUGACUGUAGUGACCAUGAGUUAUCCGAACAGCAACCACAUUGGAAUCCUAAGGAUCACUGGGAAAAUGAUGAAGGAAUAUCUGAUCGUAAUCAUUAUCCGAAUGGUUAUAGUGAUCGAACAAAUUCUGCUCAAUAUAUGGGUCUACAAAAUGGACCUUCUAGAAGCCAAGAGGUGGAAGGAACAAUGUCCAAUGGGUGGGGAGCUCUUAACAGAGACAAAGAAAAUAUUUUUCAUAAUAAACACAGCUAUCCUAAAGAACCUACAAAUGAUGAAUCUAAUGUGGGACCCUUCCACAGCGACAGCCAUUAUGAUGGACCUGAACGUUGCUCAACCAGUGAAUUGUAUCAUCUUCCAGAGGACUUUCAGCCAUAUAGCAAUAAUGGACAUCAGAUGGGUGAAGGAUAUCCAGAGGCUAAGUGUGGACCAUUUCAGAUUUUUCCAGCUUCAGAAGGAAACAGCCACCAAACUUCAGAGGCCAUCCAACUAAAAUACAAUCCAUACCAGUUAAAUGUUAUACAAAAAGAUGUUGCCAAACAAGAUCUUAUAAGAAGAGAUGACAACUAUGGGGAUCUCCAGAGAGAGUUCCUGGAUACUGGUGAAUAUAAAACAAAUAAUAUACAAUUUGUGCAACUACAAGUUCUUUACAAGGCUAGAGGGAGACAAUUAGAAGAAUUAAAUGCAAAGUUAGAAGAAAGUGAGCGACAGCUGAGAUACCUAAGUCAUCAGUUUACUUUAGUCAAAGAUGAAAAGGAUGGAGUGGCAAUAAGUUUCCAAGAAUCACAGACUUUGCUUCAGAAUACUAAAGAGGUUGAGCUGCAGUUACGAGGCCAGGUAGCGGCUCUAGAGAAAACAGUUGCUGGUCUCACCACAAAUGAUGAACAGUUAAGGAAGGAACUAAAAGUUGCCAAGCUAGCGAUGGAUAGUAUGCAGCAGCAAGUCAUGGAUCUGCGACGUUCUGACUCAAUCCAUAGAGUUAGGGAACAACAUGAAGCUGUUGUGUCUAUGCUUAAAAAGAAAAGUGAGGAGCAAUUGCUUUCCCUACAACAGAAGCUGGAUGAGGUUGAUGCUGCACUUACUGAGCAGAAGGAAAUCUGUAGUCGCCUAGAGCAACAAGUGAAACUAUCUGAGAGAAAUCAGGAACAAAUCAAGUUGGAGAAGACAGAGAUUAUAAACCGGCUGACCAGGAGCCUGGAAGAAAGUCAAAAGCAAUGCGCUAAUCUCUUGCACACAGGCUCAUUUCAGGAGACCACGCAGUUACGGAUGACACUUCAACAGCUCCAAUCCUCAAAGUUAAUAAGUGAUGGCAUGAACAAGGCUUUGCAGGAAGAAAUAAAUGAAUUAAAAGAUCAAAUAACCAUGUAUGAGUCUGCGGCCAAAAUGGGGGUUUUUAUCAGUGGUGAAGAGGAACAAGAACUAUCGGACUCUUAUGUGGAUCUGGGAAUUAAGAAAGUUAACUGGCAGAAAUCAAGAUUCAAAAGGGUAAUACAUGCUAAUGGUCUUAGUAAAGACCUUUCAUCUGAUGAGAUUGUAGUGGAGCUGAAGGCAGAGCUUGAACGCUGCUUGAGCAGUAACAAAACAAAACGUCAGCAGAUUGUUCAGCUGCAGUCAGACCUGAAAGGAUAUCAGUCCAAAACUGAGGAACUAAAAAAGCUACUUGAAAUUGCAGAAAAAGAGGCCAAGGACUCCAAGGCCAGUUCAAGUAACUUUAAUAGUCAGAUGGAUUCUACGUCUCCACAUAGACCAGGAACUGAUACAGACCAGAAGAUUCAGAGUCUGCAAAUGGAAAAGCAGCAACUGCAGCAAGAAAUUGAGAAAAACUUGCUGCAUAUCAAAGAACUCGCUAAUAAUGAGGAGAAACUGAAGGCAGCAAACCAGCAACUCUGCAGUGAAAUGCGACAAAUGCUUGAAGACUUUGAUAAAGAUAAGAAGGAAUCUAUUGAAAGAUGUGAGCGCACAUAUGAACAUCAUCAUGACGACAUUAAGAACCAUAUGAGAAUGGAGCUGGCUGAGCAUUUUGAAGCAGAAAAGAACCAGCUAUGUCAGGCUUAUGAGACUAAAAUGGCUAAUUUACAGUCUAAGAUCAUUGACUUGACUAAUGAGAUGACCGCAGUGCAAGAAUGUUAUAUAGCGGUCUGUAAAGAGAAGGACGCUUUAGAAGAUAGUAUGAAGAAAGAAUUUCAAUUGAGUGAAGAAAAGUGGACAGAGAAAUUGAUACAAGAUACUGAAAAGUCUUUGAAAACCUUAAGAGCAGAGCUAGAGCUGAAGCACCAGUCAUCAUUGUCUGACGCAAAAGCACAGUGGGAAAAAGAAAGGGAAAGCGCAAUGAAAAAACAAAUUGAUGCACAGUUGGCUGUGGCAAAAGACAGCUGGAUAAAGGAGAACCAAAAGAAAAAUGAAUUAAUAAUUCAAGAUCUGGAGAGCCAAUGGAGACAUAAACUGGAUAGAGCAGUCCAAGAUGCCAGAGCAAAGUCUCUGCAGAACUUAGAAGAUUAUGCUGUUCAAACAGAGGAGACUUUCACUGCUGAACAGAUUGAUGAACUUAAACUUCAACUUCAAAAUGCUAUACAGGAAAAAGAAAAGGCUGUCCGGGAAGUCCAAAUAGAUCUAGAAAAACAGCAUAGGGAGGAUAUUUCAAAGCAGGUGGAAUUGGCUUUAACAAAAGCUCACAGAAGGUGGUUAGAAGAACUCACUAGUUUAUCAGAAUAUAAAGCAAACUUGAGGCUUGAGAGAGAAAAAUGGGAAAGGCUUCAUGAUCUUAAUUUAAAGAAGCAGAUAGCUGAUGCUGUUGCUGUAGCUGAAGAAAACUGGAAGAUAAGAGGUGGAAAAGUUGACUACAGCAAGAAAGAAAAAGAACUGGAGGAGCAAAUUGCAUUAUUAACAAAGGAAUUGGAGCAAAAGAAUGAGGAGUUUGAGGCACGGAUAAAAGUAGAAGUUGGGGAAGCACGGGCUCUGGGGAACAAAGAGAGACAAGACGAAAUUCACCAGAUUCAGGCACAAAAUGAAAAAGAUUACCGCACAUUUUUGGACGAGCAUAGGGCAAAGAUCAGCGAAGUUCUUUUGACAGCAAAAGCUGAUUUCGAAAAGCAAAGAAAUGAAUUAGUUUCUCAAAAGCAGACAGAACUGACUGAAUUUUAUAACCAGCAACUCAAGCAACGGACUUGUGAAGAAUCUAGGAGAAUGCAAGAUCACAAUAAAGAAAUUUUAUCUGAAAUUGAGCGACUUAUGUCUGACAUUCAUGACGAAAUGGUUGAAAAGCGCGUUCUAGAUAAUUUCUCAUAUACGUCAAGCAAUUUAGAUGUCAAGUUCUUGGAAAAGCUACGAUCCUGCUUACAGAAGUCUGUCAAGGGGAUUGCUUACAAGGCCAUUUCAAAUGCUAAAUCUGAGUGGAAUCAGAAACCUGAUGAGAAUUUUACAAAUCGUGAACCAAAGGUCCCCAUAAGUGCACAAGAUCAAUCCUAUAUUAGAAAUGCAGAAGGUGCGCCCAAAAGUCACAAGAAGAACCUUUCAAACAGACAGCAAAAUGAUGAACAGUUAAAUAACAUGGGAGACAACCCUGCUUUUUGUUGCUGUGAAAACUGUAUGCAGCAGAUUGAAAAUUAUAAGAAGGACUGUCAAGAGCUUCGAAGCAAACUGAAUAAAGCCUGUCGCCACCUUCAGCAAGCAGUGAAAGACCAAAAGUUGAAAGCAGAGCAGUAUAAAGGUAAUGAAAUUUUUACCCAAACGCUAAGGAAGGAAAAUGCUGAACUUCAUAAAACUCUUGAGGAAAUGAAAAGCAACAGCACAUCACAAAGUGCUCAGCCAGAGGUAGGUUCAGGGGAGAAGGGCUGUGUUCUUUGCAGCGGAAAUGCUCUAGAAGAGAUGCGUGCUCAAUAUAUCAAAGCUGUGGACAAAAUAAAAAAUGACAUGCUUCGGUACAUACAUGAAAGUAAGGGAAGAGCAGCUGAAAUGUUGAAAAAUGAAGUUUUAAGAGAACGACAAGAAACUGCUAGGAAAAUGCGCAAAUAUUACUUGACCUGUCUGCAGCAGUUACUUAAGGAUGAUGGCAAGAAUGAGGGAGCUGAAAAGAAAAUAAUGAAUGCUGCCAGCAAGCUUGCAACUAUGGCUAAAGUACUAGAAACUCCAAUCUCUCAAAAAACACAAAGCAGAAACAUGCAUGUAGCAGCUGGCCAAGAUGAAUUGGAGCCUGAAGCAAUUAAAUCAUUAAAAAAUGUUCGGAGCAUUUUAAGUAACAGAUCAACUGAUCCAAACAGCGAACAAAAGACACUGGAUGAGCUCAUCAGAAGGCAUAUGAAGGAGAAGAGUGAUGGGGGCAGAUUCCAUAAUACUGAAGACUCUACUGCUAUUAAAUAUGAUGUGUCAAGGCAAGUUAGAAUAGACUAUGAUGAGCACAACCCUACACUAGUGCAUGCUGGACGCUCUAUGAGCACACCUUUGGAUGAGGGGCUUACAAUUAGUCCUAAUGCAGAUUCUUUCCAGGUUGCGUUUUGUAAACAGAGUGAACCAUCUGUUUUACACAGACUUAAAGAUCACUCGUGCCAUAGGAAUCCAAAAUUCAGAUCAGACAGACAAAAUUUUGAACUCCAAGAAACUCCUGUGCGUGAUGAAAAUGGGAGUAUUGACUGGAGCUGCUUGAAAAGUAAAAGUCUCUUUUUAACACAGACAGCUCAAAGCUCUUUAACCAAUUGGAAGACACAAUCUCAAAAUCCAAAUGCUGCUUGGAAUUUAUCAUCAGCAGGUUUAUUUUCCUUUGUGGAGGGAGGUCAUGAUUCCUUUGGCAGCAGAUAUGAAGGUCAGAAUCACUCUGCACACAUUGCAAAGAAGAGAGAUCAGACUUCUGGUACACUGCAUCCUAGUAAAGUUGUGGGUCAACCGCCUACAGCUGUUGAAUCCAAGCCAUGCUCUGAUGUAGGUCGAGGCAGCCAACUACCUUCACGGAAAUUAUUGCAGAAUUUUGCAUCCCCACAGCAAGACAGUGGCUUUGACAGUCCUUUGCCUCUUUAAGUUGUAUUAACUGAUCAAGAAAAGCCCCUAUAUUUAUGUUUGAUCAUCUCUUGUUUUAGCCGUGCAGGCUGUAUUCCAAGUCUUCCUACAGAAUGAGUUAACUUAUUUAUUUUUUUGGCUCGUGUAUAAAAUCUUUAGCUUUUUUAUAUUCUAUUUUUAUAUGUGUGUUUGUUUAAAGAAUUAUUUUUGUAUGUGUGCUUGUUUUUACAUAAUUAUGUUAUUUAAA